ACAAAAUUUGUUGCCUCGUCCUGGGCUGAUGGGCUGUCUUAUUGGAACAUGUUGAUAAUAAUGAAGUAAAAGUAAUUACUCCCGAGAUACAAUAAUCAUCUUGUACUGAUCAUCCAGCGUCAGCGUCUUGCGACUUGAAAUCACGAGAUAAUCAAUCCUAUGUACCAUACAUACAUAUAUACGAACACAUGUAUGUAUGUAAUACGCGCAGUAUCAUCAGCAACUUCAUUUGUUUGUCCAAAACCCUAAACCUUAUGACAUUUAACACAAGCGGUGGAGACGGCGCUGGUGGCCUUGUCGGCAUCUCAUCCAAGCUAUCUCUGUGCCUUCUGUACUUCAUACUGGCGGUUAUUUCAGGAUGGGCGCUCAAGCACAACAGCUCAACACUGGCCGGGUACGCCUACGGAUUAUAUUUAGCUCACAGCUUGGUUUGCAUUUUGCGUCAAACUCAUCCAAAUCCCGGCAUCGUGCAGCGUACAGUUUGCGAGCAGUCACACCGCUACGCACCCGUUGCCUUUAUUACGUUGAUCGUCGGCGAAUUGCUUGCCAUCAGACGUACCACCAUUGAGUUGGGGGCCAACUGGGCAGUAGUAGGCAUUGGUUUCGCUGCUAGCCUCUUCUUGUUGGCCAUUAUCAAGUGCUUCAUUGGCUUCAACUUUAAUACCAACUCGAAGUCAACGCUGGCGCAAAAUGUAUGCCUAAAUCUGUGCGUGCUCUGGAACGCAUAUUGCCUGUGUCGUAUUGCUUUCGUCGAGGAUCAGUUCUACUGGGCCUUAGGCCUGGCCAUGCUGGUGCUCCUCAACCAUUUCGUGCUCAUUCGCCUCACGCUUUAUUUCAACAUUACACACCAGGAAAUCGGGACAGUGGGCAUGUGCUUCUCCACAAUAUUUGCCAUUAAUGCCAUACAGGAGUUGGCCGAGGCAUUGGUCAGUAGAUGAUCCCACCCAGCAGGAAUUUCCUGUUUGUAAUUUGGUUGUUUUGAGAUUGCAUUUAAUAAACAAUUAAGCUUAACAUUUGUAACGCACAUCAAGGUACAUGUAAUAGUUUUAAUGUACUUGUUGAUCAAAAUAAAAUUUAUCCAUUCAUAAUACAUAUAUACAUUCA